AUGGCAUCUCAAGCGCCAUCUCACGACCGCAAUGAGGUCUCCAUUGACAUGAUCAAAUCCGAUAAGCCCCCUGAACAACAGUCUGCCGCACAGUCUCUUGCUCCUGGUGCACAGAGACCAAACCCUCCCUCACAGCCUGCCGCCCGAGGCUGGCGAUUCUGGGCCAUCUUCCCUCCACUGUGUAUAGCAACGCUUUUCUCUGCUCUCGAGUCUACGGUGACAUCGACUUCGCUGCCGGAAAUCACGGCUACCCUGCACUCUGGCCCGGACUAUGUCUGGUUUCUGAAUGGCUACCUUCUCACGUCCACCGUCUUUAUCCCCUUCUACGGCCAAUUCGCCCAGGUUUUCGGCCGCAAAUGGCCCACCAUGGUGGCCGUGUCCAUCUUCACCCUGGGCAGCGGCAUCAGCGGUGGUGCCAAUUCGACCGCAAUGCUCAUCGCAGGACGACUCGUGCAGGGCCUCGGCGGUGCUGGCAUCGGGUCCAUGACGAAUUUGAUUAUCAGCGAUCUCGUCUCUGUCCGGGAGCGGGGCAAGUACCAGGGCAUUAUUUUCGGCACGUUCGGCAUCGGCAUCUCCAUCGGACCUGUGAUCGGGGGUGCCAUUGCGCAGAGCGGGCACUGGCGAUGGGUGUUCUGGCUGAAUCUGCCUCUGGGAGGGGUGACACUGCUGCUGCAGAUCAUCUUUCUGCGAAUCACCUACCGGAAGAUCUUCACCUUCCAGCAGAAGAUCAGGCAGAUCGAUUGGAUCGGUAACCUGCUGCUCAUCGGGUCGAUGAUUGCCAUCCUCCUCGCACUUUCCUGGGCAGACACCAGAUACCCCUGGUCGAGCUGGCGCAUUCUCGUCCCAUUGCUGGUUGGCUUUGCCGGGAUGUGUGUCUUUCAUGCCUUUGAGACAACCCAAUGGUGCAAGGUGCCAACCAUCCCCGGCCGCCUGUUCACCAACCGCACCAGCGCCGUCUGUCUCGUCAACACCUUCCUCUCGUCCAUGCUCACCUUCUGGCGCGUCUACUUCCUCUCCCUCUACUUCCAGGGUGUUUUGCUUGCCUCCCCGCAACGGUCCGGCGUGCUCCUCCUGCCCAGCGUCCUCACUGCAGCCCCGGCAGCCAUCCUCUCCGGCUUCGCCCUCUCCCGCUGGGGCCGAUACAAACCCAUCCAUCUCAGCGGAUACGCGCUCAUGACCCUCGCCACGGGCCUGUACAUCGACCUCGACGCCCACUCCAGCAUGGCCAAGAUCGUCAUCUACCAGAUCAUCGCCGGCGUCGGCGGCGGCAUCCUCCUCACCACCUUCCUGCCCGCCGUCCAGGGCGCCCUCCCCCAGUCGGACGUGGCGCCCGCUAGCGCCACAUGGGCCUACCUCCGCGCGUUCGGGAGCAUCUGGGGCAUCGCUAUCCCCGCCGCGAUCUUCAACAGCCGCUUUGCGUACCAUGUGCAUGCCGUGAGCGAUGAGGGGAUCCGGCGCGCGCUGGGGGGCGGCAAUGCCUACGCGCAUGUCUCGAGCCGGUAUCUUUUGGGACUGGCGGAGGAGACACGGAACGAGGUUGUGGGAGCGUAUCUGGCGGCCUUGAAGAACGUGUGGCAGGUUUGUAUUGGGUUUUGUGGGCUGGCGUUCCUGCUUACCUUGUUGGAGAAGGAGAUCCCGAUGCGCACGACGGUGCAGUCGGACUAUGGAUUGAAGGAGAAGAAGGGGAACAGUGGACAGGGGGUUGCAGAGAGAAAACCAGAGAACCGGGUUCCUGCUGUGUCCGGGGGAAAUGAGUGA